AUAGAGGCAACCAAGUGCAGCAUAAAACGGCGCCAGUCGCGAGAGUCACAUCGGCCAUAUGGCGGCAAACCGCUCUCUUCUAAUUCUGUUCAAAAGCCCUAACACACGCGUCGAAUCCUCUCGAAGUUCGUCGUCGGUAAUACUUUCUAGAACAUACGCCAUCGGAUGUUCAAAGAUAAAGAACCGCAUUGCGUGCGAGAUCAAGAAUUUCGAGAAUCCUUAUCCGUGGACUAUCGAAAGCGUUCCUGGUACUGAUCCUUUUUCCUCAAUUCAAAAUUCUGCUUCUACUUCGUCCUCCGUACCAAUGGCUGCUGCCUCGGUCGCCGCCGCCGGUCUGGAAUUGACUUCUAAAAGCGACGCCAAGAAGAUCUGCCUAUUUUUCUGCGCGGAGACGAAGAUUCUCGCGGAGAAAAUCGCCGCUGAGUCUGAUGGAAUUGAGCUACGUAAUAUCUCAUGGAGGAAGUUUGAGGAUGGAUUUCCGAACAUAUUUAUACCUAAUGCACAAGGAAUUCGUGGACAGCAUGUGGCUUUUCUUGCAUCCUUCAGUUCACCAACUGUAAUCUUUGAGCAACUCUCCGUUAUUUAUGCUCUGCCGAAAUUGUUCAUCUCUUCAUUUACGCUUGUUCUUCCCUUCUUUCCAACUGGAACUUUUGAGCGCAUGGAGGAUGAAGGAGAUGUUGCAACUGCUUUUACUCUUGCGCGGAUCCUAUCGAAUAUACCAAUUUCAAGAGGAGGACCGACGAGCCUUGUGACUUUUGACAUUCAUGCCUUGCAGGAGAGGUUUUACUUUGGGGACAAUAUUUUACCAUGCUUUGAAAGUGGAAUUCCUUUGCUAAAGAAUAGAUUGCAGCAGUUGCCAGAUUCUGACAAUGUAGCAAUUGCUUUUCCUGAUGAUGGAGCAUGGAAAAGAUUUCAUAAGCAGCUGCAGCAUUUUCCUACGAUUGUGUGUGCCAAAGUUCGGGAAGGAGAACAACGUAUUGUGCGCCUAAAGGAGGGAGAUCCAAAAGGACGGCAUGUUGUGAUUGUUGAUGAUUUGGUUCAAUCAGGUGGAACUCUAAUAGAGUGUCAGAAAGUGUUGGCUGCACAUGGAGCAGCAAAAAUCAGUGCUUACGUAACACACGGGAUUUUUCCAAAUAGAUCGUGGCAACGCUUUAAACAUGAUAAUGGAGGGCAUCCAGAGAACGGGCUGACCUACUUCUGGAUUACUGAUUCGUGCCCAUUGACUGUUAAAGAAGUGGCGAAUAAAGCUCCUUUUGAAAUUCUUAGCCUUGCGGGUUCUAUAGCUGCAGCGCUUCGUAUCUAGCAGAGGAGCAAAGGAUUGUUUGAAGCCUUUUUCUAUCGCGAGAUCAAUAUGUGAGCUCUGCUUCGGUCUUGACUUUCCUUUCGAGUUAAUGCUUCUGUGUGUUACGUAUAUUGUGUUUGAUCACUAUUGCUUUUUAGUAGCAAAUAAUUGUUGUAUGGAUUUGAGUUGGGACGCUCGAUUGAGGAUCCACCUAACCACCGGCAACAGUGGGUUGGUCUCGUCUUUUAAAGCCACGAACCAGCAACGUGACUGAAAGACUCUGCACGUGCGAAGGUUCUCACUCCCAUAAAUGAAACAUCUGCAUAUCAAGGCUCAUCAUAUGCUUGGUCAGUAUAUCUAAUGGUAAAUGGAAGAUUGAUUAGGACC